AACUGUAAGUAAUAUUAUACAGACCAAAAAUACUGUUUACCAGAUUUUCUAGCAUAUGACAAAGUGUGCACAGUACAAUGCCUUUGUCAAAUAAGUUGGAGAAACUCCACACAGUCUUAUAUGCACUGUUUGUAAACUUUACAGACAGUCAAUGUGCAACCAGCAACUUCUGCUGUUGAUACUUAUUUUGUGGAAUAGGAGAACAAAUGAGUGUACAGGUCACCCGGUGUUAACUGAUCACAGCUGCCCACAUUCUCUUGCAACACCAGAGGAAUCACAUGAGUGUUGCCGGCCUUUAAGGAAGUUGUAUGCACAUUUUUUGAUGAUAGCAAGCCACAAAGACCCAAAAAUGUCUCUGAACACAUCCUAGAUGUUCACUGAUGGCUAAAGAAAUGGAGAAUAAGAGCUAGUGCUGCUAAAUCACUGCAUAUAAUAUUUACUCUGUCUGCUGUAAAAACUUGGAGAAAAUAGGCUACCAUACAAAAAGAUUUUAGAAAAUACCUUAGAUUGCACAUAGGUCAACACAAUGACCAAAAAUAUAUAUUAUGACAAAAAUGUAUACUGAAUAUAAGGAAGGUACUCAUCAUUACUUAUUAAACUUGUUACAAGGCAAUUAUAAUAAGAGAAUUUCUCUAGGACAGAUGUAAACAUACCAACAAAGCACUGCAUGAAAGUAAGGAGGAAAGGAAAGUAAAUUUGGAUGCCAUCUGACCUCAUGGAACUGUCCAAAUUUGACCCUAGAGCUACAAGAUAGAGUCUCUAACCUCCAAGAUGCAAUACUGUCGCUGGGAGCUGAGUGUCAAAAUGAUAAUAAUAUACUACAUAGUUUAUGUGAAUGAAUGCUGAUAAAAAGGAAAAACGUAUUAUGUCACAGCACCGACCGAGGUCUCUAUUGAGAAGUGAACUUUUUGGAGAGACUGGAUUUAAUUGAUUUUGUUCAAUUCAACAGUUCUAAUCAAAGUCAAAAUGUCUACAUCAAUAAAAACAGAGCAAAAAGAGGGUCGGAAAGACCCUACAACAUUCCUACCUGAAGAGCCAAUGACAUAUGAAAUUAAAGUAAAGAAGAAGAAAAAGAAACGAAAGCAAGAAGAUCCAUUUAAAGAUAUAGAAGAGAAAGUUAAACUUCCCACUGUGAUGGUGUUUGAUCCAUCUUCUGACACAAUAGACCCAGAAGUUAAUAUAAAAGUGGAGAAUAUUGAGGUGGAGUUGGAUUUUAAUGAUUUUGCAAACACCAGCGGAUUGAUGGUAGAGGCCGCAUACAGCGAAAACAGCCAAAGCGAGCCUGAAGUUAAAUUAGAACAGGAAAACAAAGAAGCACUACUUCUCACAUUUGAGGAACUUCUGAAGAGUGAAUCUGUGAAAUUCGAAAAUGAAACAAACAACGAAUAUGUCAUUGAUUAUGGCCAUGAACAAAACAUUGCAAGAAACUAUGUCUGUAAAGUGUGCCAUUUAGUCUUUCAGUCACCAAAAACAUUACGAAUGCACCAAAAAAGAAAACACCAAGUAUUUAGAAAGUCUUUCAAACAUAUUUGUGACUACUGCAGCAUGUCAUAUGAAACAAAGAAUAGUUUAAUUGCUCAUAUAAGAAGAAAGCAUGGUCCUAAUUCAACCCCAGAUGACUUUGAGGAGAGGACUUGCGAUAUUUGUGCAUUGGUUUUUAAAGGUAUGUCCAGGCUAAGAAUGCAUAUGAGGAGAAAGCAUGGCUCUUUUGAAGAUUCCUUCCAACAUGUUUGUGAGCACUGUGGACUUACAUACGACAAAUUAAGGAGCCUGAUUGUGCACGUUAAAAGAAAACAUUCCGGACAUAUAAAAAGUGAAACAGGCCAAUGGUAUAAAUGUCCCUUUUGUCCAAAGAUAUUUUCGAAGCGUGAAACUUACGCAAGACAUGUCCAAAGAAACCAUAAAGUUAAUGAUGAUGUCAAAGAAAAAGUCGAAGAUGAAAAAAUUAAUGUAUUUCCAGACGAGAAUGAUGAAGUGUCUUGCACAGAAUGUCCACUAGUAUUUUCAAGUCCAAAUUUUUUAAAAUUACACAUGAGAAGAAAGCACAAUGCUCUAAAAGAAGAUUUUCGACUUAAAUGCAAAAUAUGCAAUUUGUCUUAUGAUAAAAUCGAAAGUCUAAAGAGACAUGUACGAAGGAAGCAUGAUAAAGGGUCAUAUUGCUUUGUGUGUAAUAGACAAUUUGAUACCAAGGAACUGUUUUUAAGUCAUACACACACAAAGCAAAUUAUUGAAUGCUCCAUUUGUGGACUUAUUUUCGCCUCGAGAAAUGGUUUAAGUAAACAUACGCGCCAUUUGCAUCAUUCCGAUGAACCUAAGAGAGUAUUCUGUCAUAUUUGCAAUGAAGGAUUUUAUGAUAAGAGACAGUUAAAACCACAUUAUAUGAGAGUGCAUUUAAAAGUGUCGUAUUCUUGCCGUUUUUGUAAUAAGGUGUUCAAAGCCAAGGAAAGUUACAGAAGACACAUUAUAGUAAGGCACCAGAAUACUUUGCCAAAUAAUCAAAAAUGUGACCACUGUACGGAAACAUUUCCUGAUGAAUUUGAAUUGAGUAGACAUGUAUAUUUAGUACACCAUUUAAAUGACGGGAAAAUUAUUAAGAAAGAAGACGGCGACAAAAACGGUUUUCAGUGCACAAAGUGUACGAACAAUUAUGAUAGUUGGGAAGAGCUGCGAAUACAUUUUGAAGAAACUCAUUAUUCAAAAUCCGAGAGUCAAUGUCAGGACUGCGGUGAAUUAGUACCUUCAAAUGAAUUGCAGAAACAUAUGCAAUCUGUACAUGUCAAUAACUCAAUGAAAUGUAAGUUUUGUGAGUUCACCGCCAAAAACAGAGCGAGUAUGACUCAACAUAUGCUGAGGCACAAGAAUGCAACUACAUUACAUUGUCAGCAGCCUGGCUGUAGGUAUAAGACUUUUUAUGAAGGGGCCAUGGAUAAGCAUAAACGGAGACAUGCCUCCCAAGGCGUUAAGUUACAAUGCACAAAGUGUCCAUUUCAGACUAUGAAUAAGUAUGUGUUGAAGUAUCAUGAAGAAGCUCAUGAGAGUGGUAGUAAACGGUAUGCUUGUGACCAAUGUGAUUAUGCAACAGUGUUACCAACUAAUUUAGUACAACAUAAGUAUAAACAUUCCAAGGAAAAGAGGUUCAAAUGUGAAGUAUGUCCAUUCGCUACAAAGUACAACACCUCUUUACGAUUUCAUGUAAGAAAGAAGCACUGUGAUCUCCCUAGUUUUCACUAAGUGUUAUAUAUUAUAUUAUAUAGAGUUUAAUAUAUUGGUGUUAAUUAUG